AUGUCCACUACUCAACCAACGUUAGACGUAUACCGUUCCCUCUCCCGACAAAUCAAAAAACAUUUAGCUCCUUAUGUACCUACGGAUCAACCACCUUCUAUACCCUCUUUACUCGGAAUAGACCCGAUCAGUUAUUCUUCCCGAUUAGCAGGAAAGACUCUUCCUCUCGCAACUACUGUCUCACCUAUCGUUUCGAAAUCUAAUGUAGAAUUUGGUGAUGGGUCGAAAUUGAGAGUAGGACAAGAUAAGAGGAAGGUGUUGGAUGGAGAGAAGACGGAGAUGGGAGGGAUUAGGAGGAUGAAGAAACGAAGAGGGGGUAUAAGAAAGGGAAGGGAGAUACCAUACGAAUUUCUUUUACCCCUUCAUUACAUGCACACACAUUAUCUCAUUUCUCUCUUUUCACUUCCUCCUCUCCCAUCAACUUUUUCUCACCCCCAACCUUCUUCUUCCUCCAAUGUGGGAUCUUCAUCCAACAUACCUCUCAUUCCAGCUCCAUCAAACCCUCAUUUUCCUAAUCGACCCAUUUCCAGUUUUACCCCGAACAACUCGGCGUCACCGCACAACAAAGCGACUCCGCUUAAGAUGAUACCUUCCAAGGAAAAAAAUAACCCACUUCCCACAGGCGUGUCAACAGAAACCAUUCAAUCAAAACUUGUCAAAGCGGAUUUUACCGGUGCCAUACUCUUAAUCCUCUCUUCCCGUAACCCCUCUUUGGUGGGUAUAAAGGGGAUAGUGAUUGAAGAGACUUAUGGAACGUUUCUACUCGUUCCGAUUGAUGGGAAAGUAAGAGUGGUACCUAAAAAAGGUAGUAUGUUCCGAUUUGAAUUUCCCGCUUAUGCUCCUUCACCCGAAAAUGAUUUUCCAACAAACACCAUCAAUUCUCAUCUAACCACUUCUUCGAAACAAACGAUUUCCCAUCCAUCGUCAUCUUCUUUCAUCUUGGACGAAGGGGAGACAUCAGCUAUGCAACGUCGGAUGGGUAACGAAUCCACGGAGCAGAAAAAGGAGUCGGCAGUAGCUCAUGGGAUAGAGAUUUCAGUAAAUGAAUCAGUGGAGCAGACGGAUAUUCCAUGGGAACAAAAACAAAAAGCGUUAUAUCAACCACCCGAAGCUGAUACAAUGGAACUUCAUCUCUCCAACAUAAAUUUACCUAGAAUACAAAUAGACAUUCUGGGUGAUAAUUUUUGUCAUAGAUCGGUAGAUCGAGCAGGAAGGAAAUUCCGACCUACUCAAAUACCUGGAAGUGGAUGGGCAGAGGAACAUGUUCGUUUACCUGUGGAAGAAGGGUUUGGGGAUCUUAUACGAAAGUUGGAAAGGGAGGAAAGGGAUAGUGGUCAGGUCAAGAGUUUGUCGAGUGAUAGGAGAAAUGGGAAAGAGAGGAGUAAGGUGAAAGUUGUCGGAAGGAGAAAAAGAGAUAAAUCAAGACGAAAAGAUCCACCGGCUUGGGGAAAGUAUGAACCUUUUGUUUAA